UGGAUUGAGAACGAGGCAAGUAGGUGGUUCAGAUGAAAUACAGCUGCGGAUUGGUCCGAUGCAUGGAGACCUAGAUGACGACAUCACAGGUCUUCGCAACCAAGUAAAACAGCUCAGAAAUGUAGCACAAGAAAUUGAGUCAGAAGCAAAGUAUCAGAAUGAUUUUAUUAACCAACUGCAAAUGACAUUGAUCAAAGCUCAAGCAGGAGUAAAGAACAACAUGAGACGGUUGAACAGGAGUAUCAUCUCGGAAGGAUCAAAGCAUGUGAUGCAUGUGGUUCUUUUUGCACUAUUUUGCUUCUUUGUGAUAUAUUGGUUGGCGAAGAUUUCCCGGAAAUAAGGGCAACCUUAUCUUUCUAUGCUGGUUUACCGUUUCUGGCUGAGGUUCUGAUGAAGACACAGAAUCUAUUCAAGCCAUCAAACAAAUGCUAAGCAGUGGAAGAUUUUUGGUGGUUGGGGGAGCAAGGGUGCAACUGUAGAAACUCUGAAACAUUAGUCUUAUGUAAAGUUUCCUAAUCUGUAGAAGCACUGCAGGUUGCUAUUAGUUUAUCCUUUUUCUUUUCAUUUUAUUUUUCUUUGUAAUACUUGCUAUAUGACAAGGGCCAUUGUGUGCUUAUCUAAGAAACAUGUGAUUAU